CAUUGUUUUGACUUUUUGAGUCCAUAUGAGACUGUAUGAGACAUUCCGAAAAAGCAGUAGAGGCAAUUUCUUUUAUUCUGCAGGAAUUUUUUUGUCAGAAUGUUGAUUAAAUUGAGGGAUAAUCACGAGCAACAUCUCAAGUUUUUCGGAGGCCAACCAGUUGAAGUUUUGGAAAACUUCUGUCAGCUCACAAAUAAACAUUUGGAGAAAGGGACGGCAGCCAAGGCUUACACAAAUGCAGGAAGUAAACUGGGUGUUAGUCCAGAAACAGUGAAAAAUGCAUUGGAGGCUUUAAUUUAUCUCAUGGUGGAGACGUCUAGAUAUCAGGUGUCCGAAGAGGAACUUAACGUGACCUUGUUGGCAUUAGGAUUUUCGGAGGAACACAGACAAAUUUUAUUCCAGCAUUUGCAGUCAAACUCAGUUUCAAAACAUGACCUGAGACCUUUAAAACUUAGAACGCCACACUACGUCAACUUGCAGUGGAGAUUAGAGGCUCUGAUCAUGAGUCGAACACAGUUUCAAGCUGCUGGAGAGUGUCAAGUGGUGAUUAGGCUGCAGCUUUCCUCAGGGUCAGUCUGCAUGAGUGUGUCGCCAGACGUCCUCCUGCAUAUAACUGAAACUCUUGAGAGUGCUUUGGCAGAAGCUAACUCGAGAAAUUCCAAAAAGGCUCUUCGAAUGGCACCUUUGAACUAAUAAUUAUUGCAA